AUGGAGCUGUCCGAGCUUUCGCAAUCGAUGCAAGAUGCACUCAUGCUCAGGCGCAUUCCGACAGAGGGCGGAGAUGUAUCGUCUGUGACUCCGGUGGUCGUUUCCGGACUGCCUGGCUGGCUUGAGGGUACCACCUUUCCAGUCGAACUGCGCCAACGAGUGCAGGAAGAGUUAGAGAUUCUGGGGCUGGUUCAGAACCCUGUGGUGGCGUUGCUGUGGCCUGCCAGUGCCACUGUGACCAACAAAAAGACGUUGCGCCGUGGGUAUUCCACUGCCUCUGCCCUGUACCCCAGCCGGCUAAACAAGCUGUGUGAAGAGUCCGGCAUCUCCUUAAGCAUCCGUCUGGUGUCUGACAGCCCGUGGCCAUUAGUGAAAUCAGUGGCGGUCGAGUGUAACAUGGAGUUUGGCAGAGUUAUUCAACAGACAUCCUCGUACAUAUCUGAUGCUGACUGGGCUGAAGACCUUACGUCGGCACGACAGCAUUGGCAACAGCAGCUUCUGGCGGGCUUGUCCAAGUACACUGAGAAUUUGGAGGUGCAAUUACCAAGAAAAGCAUUGUCGUCAACCACCCAGACGUUUGCAAGCCGUACACGUCCCGAGGAAUCCCUCUGGCAAAAGCAUGGGCCCAAGGCCCUAGCCAUUCUGCUUUCAGAGCUGAUCGUGAAUGGUGCAACGCACGAUGCCGCGACCCACCUGGAGGGCACGAUGCUCGAAACGAUGCGCUCCAACCUUCCUUUCUUCCCUGAGGGCCCCUUGGACUUCGAGGAGCACUUCCCGCCCCUGCAGCUUUCGGACGCCUACAUAGAAACGGAGAAGCAGCAAAGCCCCGAGCUGUUCCUUCGUCUGGCAGCAGUGGUCUGGACAGCAGCCUCGCAUGGAGUGACGGCCUUGGACCAAGCCCUUGGGGCCCUGCGGAAAGGCAACGUCCCCUUGGACCGGCUGGCGCUCAACACGCCGGUGAUGUAUCGCUCCGGAGGCCGAAGCAGGAGCUUGUCUGGACCGCUGCUCAUGUUUGUCGUGGACCAGAUGACUCUGCACCAGUCGUCGAAACACAUCGUCCAGGCAGUGGUAGCUGGCAACGCGGACGUGAACUCGAGUUAUGUCCUUUUCCCCACCGGGAAGCACAAGGCAAUAGCUAAAUUCCCGGUGCUCUGCCUGGCCGGCAACCGCCGAGCUCUCGACUUCGCGGAAGCUUUGCUGGAGCGGAAGGCGGAUGCCAACCGCGAGAUUACUCUGAACUACUUCCCGAACGGGGGGAAUCCUCUUUGGAGCGCCGUCUGGGGCAGCAACAAUGCCAUGAUCCGGCUCCUCCUCGGCUUUGGCGAUGCGAACGUGAACAUACACGCCUGGCAUCCCGAUGCCCCGCCUCUGACAGGCCAGCCGCGUGAGGUUCAACUGCUUUCCCUGGCCUCUACGACUCUGGACUCCGAGCAUGUCCACCUUCUGCUGGAGUGCAACGCUGACUUUCAAGAGGAGCUGUCGUCCACCUUCGCACUGUGCCACGCAGAUGUGAGCAAGUUGCUUGCAAGCCACGUGGCCUACCGCCACCCCGAGGCACUCGUCCAACGCUGCGACGAGCUGGAGGGGACCUGCGGCAUUUGGAUCGAUUGGGCCUUCCAGGAGAUCGCCCGUGACGACACGGCCAAGCGGCGCUUCCGGGUCGCGCUCGACAGGGCCUCGGUGCUGCGGGAGGCGCACGACUCCCUCAUCCGAUUCACCUGCGAUCUGAUUCAGCGCCUGCCGAGUGCAGCGUCCGAGUUGUUGGAUGGGAUCUGCUUGCAAACACCGAAGGUGCAGGAGCCUGCACGUCACCCGUUGCGGACUCGAUGCCUUUUCCAGGCGAGCAACUUUCGCACUGCCUACAUCACGGAGACCGUCUGGAAGCCGAACGGCACCAGGUUCCAGAACUUGUUGGCGCCUCCCGGGCCGGAGUCCCGGCCUUGCUGCGGCCUGGGACCCUCCGUGGAGUCCAUGGACUUCUGCGAUGUCCUGCUGGUGGGUUUCCCGGGCUUGAUCGACGGGCGCGUGCUGCACGCGCUGCGGUCGCUGCCGCGGCGCACGCUCAUUCCGCUCAUGCAGGAAAGCAUCGUGUUUCAAGGUGUGAUCGAAUACAUCUGGACAUCGCGUGUGCGCCUCUAUCACUAUGUCAAGUCCCUGCAAACAGUCGUCCAGCUUGGCAUCCUGCUUCUGUGGUGGCAGACCCGGAGCUAG